GGGCGGUGCGUGGGGUGGGGGGGCGGCCCUGGAGUGGGAUGCGGGAUCCGCGGGGAGGCGGCCGCAGCCGGCUGAUGGGGUGAGGGCUGAGCGGAGCCCGUGAGAGCGGAGAGGUUUAUGAUGGAACUCACAUCUUUGCCUAAAUUCCUUUGGACAAGUGACAACAAACUUCUGCAUCACCAUUUUCCGGAUAUACUGGCUACUGUUCACACCACACAGGACAUUCCUGAAGAAGCUGUUUUUGGCCCAUGCAUGCUGCAGAACACCCUGCUGGACACCGUAGCUUUUAUUGCCCUCAAGUGUUCUGAUAGACGGACCAUCCACUAUGUGUUUAAGGUAGAUGUCGCAUCUGUGCACAGUCCUACAGGGCUGCCUUGGAUGAGGCUUGUACAAGCAGCUGCCAAUAGCAAGGAGCAGAAUUUGGAAGCUUACUUAGAAAACAGUCAGUUAUAUUAUCGCUCUACCAGGAAAAUCAACAAAGAUGAGGAGCUGUUUGUCUGGUAUGAUGAAGAGCUUUCCAGACUCUUGGGUUUCAAUGAGAUAAAAGCUCAGAGUCCUCAGAAUGAGAUGAGAUGCCAAGAAUGCAAUCGAGUCUUUAAAGGUGAGCAUUCCUAUCUGUCCCAUGUCCGCUUCCUGUGCGUCCCAGAGAAGAGUGCCCUGCUAUGGAGGAACUUCCAGGCUGAAAAAGGCACCUUAGUAGAGCAGACCACAAAUUUUCACAGCCUGGCAAAGGAUCUAGAGGUCAGAAUGACAGCUCACAAAGGUGAUGCCCAUGGUCUCACUGGAGAAAAGAGAGCAAAAUCAGAAGAGGCUGAGAACAACAGGAGCAGGAAAACAGUGCUGUUGGAGAAAACAAACAAUCUGAGUGAGGAACAUAAAUGUGGAAGCAAGGAAGAGGCUGGAGGAGAUCAUGCACCAGCUGGUUCUUUCUGGAAACCCAGUUCAGGGAGGCAGUCAGCUAGAAAGGAGGCUUUCGAGCAGAAGCAGAGUGCUUUCACUGAGGUCAGGAGGAUGAAGGAGAAGCUGAGGAAUGAGAGACCCAAAGAGUCAGACCAGGAGGAUGGCACAGCUCUCGCUGGUAAGGAGCAGGUAUCAAAGGAAAUGUUGCUGAACUCCUCUGGUAGUGCAUUCUCCUUUGUGUGGCCCACCAGAGGCCGAGGAGAGCAGAAGAGUGCUUUCAGCAAGCCCAGUAAGCGUCUUGCAGAAAGAGCGGCAAUAAAUUCUUAUCCCACGAGUGAGUCACCAAAGAGCCUGGAGGAGCUGUCUGGCUUCAUCACCACUACAGACAUCAUGUGCUGCAGCACUCUUCUCAGUUCCAAGUUCUUUGUCAAUGAUUUGUGUAAUGCUCAGAUGCUGCAGACUAGCAUCAUUCGGGGAAAUGUUUUCCCAUAUUCCUCAGAACCGUGGCACAAGCAAGCAGGACAGUUACAGAAUACGACCACUACUUCAUCCUCCACCUCCACCUCCUCCUCCUUGACUCUUCUUCCCCCCACCUUCACGUCCUUUGGAGUGGCUGCCCAGAACUGGUGUGCCAAAUGCAACCUGUCCUUUCGCAUGACUUCUGACUUAGUCUUCCACAUGCGGUCACAUCACAAAAAAGAAUACUCCUCAACUGAAUCCCAGAGCAAGAGGAGACGGGAAGAGAAGCUCACGUGUCCCAUUUGUCAUGAGUACUUCCGAGAACGCCAUCAUUUAUCCCGGCACAUGACUUCUCACAAUUAGACCUGUGCAGAUGGAUCUCACCAAGGGACUGGGCAGGUUGGGUAGAGUAGGGGGACAUCAUUCACUUGUAUCCAUUUCAUUUUUGCGUUUACAUUAAUUUCUUACAGAAAAUUGCUGUUUACAGUAAUUUAAAAUAGAUGCUUUGGAAAAAUAUAAAAUGUUUACAAAAGCCUGAGUGGGUUGUAAGUUUUGGAAAUUCAGCCUGGCCCUUGUCAAUUUAUUUUUGAGGAAAUAAAAUUGUGAAAUGAAUGCGCA